UAUCGAUCACGCUGUUGCAUAUAUUUAUGACGCCAAAUAUGACUCGUCCAUCCUAGCGGGUUCAUGACAAGAGCAGGAUGUAUGUAUGUUGUACGCAUCCCAACCAUCCAUUUGUUUAACCUUGGAACUUGGUAGUGCAAUCACAGUUUGACGAUAACGAUUGGAUUGACUUGGCUCUAGAUGAGAAACGAUUCAUUUUCCAAUUUCCAUCAUGAAGUUCGCACUCCUUCUCGCUUUCCCCGUGACCGUCGCUGCCUUGACUCAAGACCAAGUUGUCCCAGCCAAAGUCGCUUGCGGCGAAGAGGCCCCAUACGACGGUUUCGAAAUCGUCGGGGGCCAGGAAUCAGGAAAGCAGGAAUCCAAAGCCCACCAGCACCGUUAUGUGGCUGGACUCAAGGCGUCGCCCAAUGGUAACACCGAGUGCGGCGGCAGUCUGAUCGCCCCCAAUGUUGUUUUGACAGCGGCUCAUUGUUUGGACGAACAUCUACCUUAUGUGGUCGUGGGUACGCACUAUUUAUCCGGUUCUGCCGACGGGGAACUGGCCAAUGUGACCCAGAAAAUCAAACACCCUGAUGGCACCGAUGUGGGCAUCAUAAUCUUGGACCGCGACAUCUCGAUCACUGAACCUGUGGCGGUGCAUAAUAGCCCCCCAUCGCCAGUGCUCAAGGUGGUCAACGUCACGGCAUGGACCAACCUCAGGGCCUCGGCUGCGUUGUCCAUCGCCAGGGCAGAAGGAGAAAACUCUUGUUUCGGUGACUCUGGGGGGCCGUUGACCAUCGAAGAAAACGGUGCCAUGCGUUUGGUGGGGGUGGUCAGCUCGGGCGUUGAUUGUGUGGUCUGGCCGGCACGCCAGUACGGCCGCAAGAAAAAGCCAAAGCAGCACAAGAACACCGUAGUCGCGUACACUACGCUCGACGCCUUCUACGACCACUUGACGUCCAACGCCGGCGAAACAGCAAGGAAGAAGGUGACAACCCACACGCGUCGGGACGAAGAACAACUGCUGCGUUGGGUCCUUGAUAUGCGAAAGGACGGGGUGCCUGUGACGCACAGCAUGUUACGCAUCAUGGCGUUGGAAGCUGCAAUCGACUUGGUCCUUGAAGACCACGAGUUCUUGGCUAGAUUGCACUGGGUCGAUAGCUUCAAACGCCGACGGUUUGAAGUGCUUGAGUCCUUCGCUCAACGCGUUCAAACCAUGAUGCGUGAGAACAACAUCGACUACUGUGUCUAUAACGCUGACCAAACGGGCGUGAAUUAUGAGUACCUUCCAACAAAGACCUUGAAUCCCACCGGCGACAAGACGAUCUGGGUCAAAUGGGGCGGAAAGACGAAGGAGCGUGUGACCGCCAUGUUCUUGACCGACUCGACAGGCGAAAAGUACCCACUGUUUUUGGCGCUGCGCAGCACAAAGUCAAAGGUGAAUAGCAUCGUCCAAGAAAGCUUGACCGAGCGGCAGGGCUUCGGGAAGGCAGUGUGGAAGAGCGUUGUCCCUAUAUAG